UGUCCUUUGGGAAUUAAGAUUUUUUUUCUCUCUCUUUUCCGUUUCAGUUCGAAGUGAAUUUGCGUCAAGCGUAGUUUGAUUCGUCGAACAAAAUCUAAUUUCGGAUUGCUUUUCAUUGGUGAUGAAGCAUAUACUGUGAUCCAGAUCAAGUCUAUAUUCAGUUGGAGCGACAAUGGAAUCUACAAGGAGCUGGUUUAAACUGCGGCAACAAAAAACUGACCAAGCUAGUCCUACCAAGAAGGGACAGGAGGCAAAUCUGAAGAAUAUCGGCAAGCCUCCAAUAAAUGAUGCACCAUCAAAUGCUACAAAACAGAAAGUUGUAGCAGCAAAGCAAUAUAUCGAAAACCACUACAAAGCUCAGUUGAAGAAUUUGCAGGAGAGAAAAGAGCGUCGGUGCAUUUUGGAAAAAAACUUAGCUGAUGCUGAUGUUCCCGUGGAAGAGCAAAUGAAUAUAUUGAAGAAUUUUGAGAAAAAGGAGAUGGAAUAUAUGCGUUUGCAAAGACAUAAGAUGGGGGUUGAUGACUUUGAACAGCUGAGCAUCAUAGGCCGGGGUGCUUUUGGGGAGGUGAGAAUUUGCAGAGAGAAAUCUACUGGAAACGUGUAUGCAAUGAAAAAGCUAAAGAAAUCCGAGAUGCUUCGUAGAGGCCAGGUGGAACAUGUUAAAGCUGAGAGAAAUCUACUCGCAGAAGUUGAUAGUCCUUUCAUCGUUAAGCUUUACUACUCCUUCCAAGACGAAGAACACCUGUACCUUUUAAUGGAAUAUCUCCCUGGAGGUGACAUGAUGACACUGCUGAUGCGAAAGGAUACCUUGACAGAGGAUGAGGCUCGGUUUUAUGUUGCACAGACAGUCCUUGCAAUUGAGUCUAUCCACAGGCAUAACUAUGUGCACAGGGAUAUAAAGCCUGACAAUUUAUUGAUCACUUGUAAUGGUCAUAUCAAGCUAUCGGAUUUUGGAUUGAGCAAGUCCCUGGAAAGCAGAAAUUUUCCAGAUCUCAAGGAGGAUGUAGUUGGCAUUAACAAGAGUACAAGGCCUGCAGCAGAGUAUGAUAAAUUCUCCAAGCCUCCUGCACCUAAGCGAACACAGCAGGAACAGCUAUUACAUUGGCAACAAAAUAGAAGGAGCUUGGCUUAUUCUACAGUGGGCACUCCUGAUUAUAUUGCUCCCGAAGUGCUGAUGAAGAGAGGAUAUGGGAUGGAGUGCGACUGGUGGUCCCUUGGAACAAUCAUGUUCGAGAUGCUCGUGGGGUUUCCCCCAUUCUAUUCGGAAGAGCCUUUGGCAACAUGUAGAAAGAUUAUAAACUGGAAACAUUGCUUGAAAUUUCCUCAAGAAGCUAAGCUAUCCGUCGAGGCCAAAGAUCUCAUCCGAAGGCUGCUCUGCAACGUCGAACAGAGGCUUGGAACCAAAGGAGUUCAUGAAAUAAAAGCACAUCCAUGGUUUAGAGGAAUCGAAUGGGAAAGACUAUACGAGAUAAAUGCUCCGUGUAUACCACAGGUGAAGCACGAACUGGACACGCAAAACUUCGAGAAGUUUGAAGAGCUUCCUUCUUCUUGCCAAACCUCAUCAAAGUCUGGCCCUUGGAGAAAGAUGAUCUCAUCCAAGGACGUGAAUUUCGUCGGUUAUACGUUCAAGAACCUCGAGAUUGUCGAUGAGCAUCAUAUCCCUGGCAUCGCGGAACUGAAGAAGAAGAGUAAGAUGCCAAAGAAACCGUCUCUCAAGACGUUGUUCGAAACACUUGAUCCUCCGGGAAAUCAAGAUUAAUCUUCCGAUUGACAAACCGCAAAUUCAGAAGAUGGAAAGCAAGGAAGAAGGUAAUAUAUAUACCCUUCUCCAAUGUUAGUUGCAUCUUCUUCUCAAGUAACACUAUGCUUGAUAGGCAAAUAGGGAUCUGAUUAACUAAAAAGAAAAAGAAAUAAAUGAAUGAUACAUAUUAAAAUGUUUCUAUGAUUCUCCUCUUCUCUUAUACAUUGCGGACUUUUUUGUACAUUAAAAAUAGAAUUUUAUUUUUUAAAAUUUUGUGUGCGGUGAUAUGCAAAAGGCGAAUUAUUCCAA